CGCGGAGCUCCGCGGAGCUCCGCGGCCGGGACCCGCCGCGGAGCUCCGUCUCAUCGGCGCCCAUGACGACCAUCGCCCACAAGGUCUACUAUUGGGUGGAGACCACGAUCGAAAAUGAAUACAAGAUCUUCCAGCCGAAGGACAUCGCCUAUCGGCACGGCGUGCCAGCAAAGGAGCUCUUCACAUAUUGGCAGAAAGAGAUCGACUGUGAUAAGGCCGUCCAGACCUUGCCUCGGACGUUGUUUUUGAUCAUCUUCUUUGCCCUGAUGCUCCUGUCACACGAGAUGAUUGGCCCUGCUCAAAGCAUCGAGAGAGCCAUCCGCUUCGACAUCGAAGAGAACGCCAAUUUUGCCUUCAAUGGUGUUGGCACCUUUGGAAACAAGAACAUCCAGGACGUCAAUAGCUUUGCGGACUUCUAUUCCUGGUUUCGCCUAGGCUUCGCAGCGAUCUACAUGCCUCAGAGCACUUCCGUCUCUGAGGGCUCCACUCUCACUGCAGUACCGCUCAGUACGCCCAACAAACAAAUCUACUUGGAGACGAACCGCAAGCUUGGUCCCAUCAAGUUGUCGCAGCAGAAAGUGACGAAGGCAUCACAAUGUGACAACUACAACUUGUUCCAAGCCAUUGACGCCGGCGUGACAGCAGACAGUUGCGCCGCAUUAGGGAAGGACUUCUUCAUUCAACCCACCGACUUUGACAUCGGCUUUCUGGAUUUCACGGAGGACAUGAACGCAACGAUUUGGUUCAGCCCCAUGGAAGAUGCCACGCCUCUCAUCACCUGGCUGGAAAACAGCACGUGGCUCACCUCAGACACAGACCAUUGGAAGAUUACCAUGGUGCUCUACAAUCCUGACUUCGACAUCCUGACCGUGACCGGGAUCCACUUUCUCCUCGCCCGUUCCGGGCGGAUUUGGAAGCAGAUCACCUUUAUGUCGUUGAAGAUGGCACCUUAUGCGAAUCUUUGGCCACUCUGUUGGGAGAUCCUAUUCUUCGGGAGCAUUUUCACAAUCUUCAUAGAGGAGGUCUAUGAAGUCGUCAGUGGACUUCUGGCCACGCGCGUGCGGGGGCGCUGCAAAUGCGUGUCCUUCUUCCGGGAGUACAUCAGCGUUUGGAACCUCAUCGAUUGGGUCUCGAUCAUCUUGGCCUUCACUCUUCUAGGGAUGUGGAUCCUCACCUGUGAGGAUCGGAAGGCGUUGCAGGUGGCGGUGGAAGCCCUGAUUGCCACCUGCAGCUCUGCAGACCAAAAUACAUGUCAAGAAUACCAAGAAUAUGUCUUGGAUUUGGCAUCGGAUGCUGGUCAAUUAGCCGGGCAAACCAGCUUGGUGAGCAGCUUCUACCCUUUCUGCAUCCUCUUGCGACUCUUCAAGACCUUCUCCUUGCAGCCACGCUUGGCCGUGGUCACACGAACCCUAUGGGCCUCCUUCGCCGACUUGGCCCACUUCGGCAUCAUUUUCCUCUCCGUCUUUGUGACCUUCGUCUUCAUGGCCAUGGGCUUUUUCGGCCGCACCGUGGAAGGGUACUCGAGCUUCCAUAUCGCCUUCGUGACGCUCUUCCGUGCCUUGAUGGGGGAUUUGGACUUCGAUGCCAUGGAAGAACAAGCCGGUCGCGUCAUUGCUGGAAUUUUCCACUUGGCCUUUAUGCUGACGAUGUUGCUGAUUCUGCUGAAUAUGCUGAUCGCUAUCAUCAUGGACGUCUACGCUGAAACCAAGCGAAACGUGCCCGACUGAGCAGUCUGCUAACCUCGCAAACAAGUCUGACAUGCAUGGACAUGAUCUACUUCUAUAGGUGCUGCAGAUUGCUGCAGGAUGUUUUCCUUCAGUUGUAAGACACUUUGCUUCGAGUAGGUGAUAAAAGGACUGGCUCCAGGUUUCGGAUGGUCUGCCGAGCCAUUCCGGACAUAUGGUAUGUGCAUAUUGCGGUGGUUGAAAAGGGUAUAUGCCAAGAUGUUCCAAUGUAGCCAUGUCAUUCUCCCAGUUUGGAGCGCCAUUUCAGGCCUUUUGAGGGCGUCCCAUGCGUUUGACACACGGACCGGUGUGGGACGGACCGGUGUGAGAAGGAAACAAAGCGGCGUUCGCUUCACGCGUUCGCUUCACGCGGCGAGUUGGGGGACCCGCAUGAGACCGACGGUUCGUGCGUGCUCGGCCAAAAGAAGAAACAUGGUCUGAAAGGGUUGGUGGAUGCGAAAGGGUUGGUGAACGCGUGUUGGUUUUUUCUCGCAUGGCAUACGCUGUGUGGUGGCUGGCGUAUGGCUGAUGUUGCGACCGCUCGUGCGGUCUCAGUUCCAAGAAGUGUGUGGCUGAUAUGUUUGGCUUGAUCCAAAUCUCCUGGUGGAAGAAUUGAGCACCGCAGCCCAAAGAUCAUCCUCUCGAUGGCGUGUCAUCGUACCCACCAGUGGAGGAGCAAGCAAGGUGACAGGGGGAGGACAGUUAGUUGGGGCGUUCAAGCAUUUUGAGCAUGGAGCCGCCUUCUCCUGGAGAGCAUUGUUCUAUGAAGAAGACGGAAGCCGUUCGAAAAGCAAUUAUUCUUCUGUUGCGAAGACCUUCAUGUUGCUGCAGAGAAGGGACUUCUUGUGGUCCUGAAAUUGACAUGGACAUGGAAAGUAUAAAGAUACUGUAUGUAUAUAUAUAUACCGUGUUUUAUUGUACCAUUAUAUACCCACGGUGAUGCUGGGGGCCGUUUGUUCCAUGUCAAGCGCAACGGAGG